UUUAUUUCUUUUAGUACUUUUUCCCACAUUUCCCUUUCUUUUUCUAGAUUUUCGUUUCUUCACCCUUUCCUGCAACUGUUCCCUUCGAGUUCUAGAUUUCAAUUCAAUUCAAUAAAUGGUUGGUUAAAAGUUUAAAAGAAUAGGAAAAAAAUCCAACGAAAUUGGAAAAAAAUAGUUGAAAAUCACAAACAUGUCAAGAUUCAGAGAUCGAACUGACGAUUUCAAAGAUGCUGUUCGGCACACCGCAAUUUCAUCAGGUUACAACGAGUCUAAAUUGGCAGCAAUUAUGGCGUCUUUUAUAAUCCAUAAACCGCGUCAGAUGACGCCGUUUACUAAAUCUGCACUCAAAACGUUAGAGAGCAUAGGAGCUUUGGAUCAGUUCAUGUCAAAGCACCGGAAAGAUUACGUGGAUGUUCACCGGACAACUGAGCAAGAGAGGGACAGCAUUGAACAUGAAGUUACUGCUUUUAUUAAAGUUUGCAAAGAUCAAAUUGAUGUUCUCAAUAAUAGCAUAAAUGAUGAAGAGGCAAGCUCAAAGGGCUGGCUUGGAAUCAAGGAUACCUCAAAUGCUGAUACCAUAGCGCAUAAACAUGGAGUGGUACUAAUUUUAAGUGAGAAACUUCAUUCAGUCACGGCGCAGUUUGAUCAGCUGAGAGCCAUUCGCUUCCAAGAUGCUAUCAAUAGAGCAAUACCAAGAAGAAAACUUAAGCGGGUUGUCAAUUCAAAUACUCUAGAUACCUCUAAACCAAUCAAUUUGGAGCUCGGAGAGACCAAUGAGCUGCAACACGAACCUCUUAGAGUCCAACAGGAAUUACUGGAUGAUGAAACCCGUGCUCUUCAGGUUGAGUUGACUAGUCUUCUAGAUGCUGUUCAAGAAACCGAAACUAAGAUGGUGGAGAUGUCUGCACUGAACCACCUCAUGUCCACACAUGUUCUGCAACAAGCUCAACAGAUAGAACAUCUCUAUGAUCAGGCGGUUGAAGCCACAAAAAAUGUAGAGCUGGGUAACAAAGAGCUUUCUCAAGCUAUCCAAAGGAAUAGCAGCAGCAGGACCUUUCUGUUGCUUUUCCUAUUUGUACUUACCUUUUCAAUCAUGUUUCUUGACUGGUAUAAUUAAAAAUAUAGUAGUUCUUACCAUUUUUAUCCACUGAUCUGUUUUUGUUUCCCAAAAGAAAAGGAAAGUCCCCUUCUUUUCCUUGUAGGUUAAAUGAUGGAAAAGAACUACAAAGUAUCUAACAAUUAAUUAACGCAAAGUAAUGCGAGAUUUUCCUACUGUAAUUCCUUUAUGAUGAAAAAGGUUGAAUUUUUGUGUUGAAA